UUCAGUGACAGAACAGAAACGCGUAUUUUCCUUGCGUGUUUGCAUUUUUGUUUGAGUAACAUCCUCGUUAUUGUAUUUAGAAAGUUAGUGUAAUUUAAAACUAGGUGUUGAAACAUGGCAUCGUCAGAAGUAUCCUUUAAUCGUAAGAUAAUAUCAGAAGAUUUGUCGAAUGUCGAAUUCGACACGAGUGAAGAUGUGGAAGUAAUUCCAACUUUUGAUUCAAUGGGUUUGCGAGACGAGUUACUUCGAGGGAUAUACACUUACGGUUUCGAGAAGCCGUCUGCUAUACAGCAAAGAAGCAUUCAGCCAAUUGUGAAGGGUAGAGACGUUAUAGCUCAAGCUCAGUCUGGUACCGGUAAAACGGCAACAUUCUCGAUCUCGAUAUUGCAGUCCCUGGAUACUACACUCAGGGAGACUCAAGUGCUUGUGUUAUCUCCGACACGCGAGUUAGCCACUCAGAUUCAAAAGGUUAUUCUUGCUUUGGGUGACUUUAUGAACGUACAAUGCCAUGCUUGUAUUGGCGGCACUAACCUUGGAGAAGAUAUAAGGAAGCUGGAUUAUGGUCAACAUGUAGUGUCUGGAACGCCCGGAAGAGUAUUUGAUAUGAUAAGAAGACGUGUACUGCGCACCAGGUCAAUUAAAAUGCUAGUGCUUGAUGAAGCUGACGAGAUGUUGAACAAGGGUUUCAAAGAACAAAUUUAUGAUGUGUACCGCUACCUACCCCCAGCAACUCAGGUUGUUCUCAUUUCUGCCACACUACCCCAUGAGAUACUUGAAAUGACCUCAAAGUUUAUGACAGAUCCAAUCAGAAUUUUGGUCAAACGUGAUGAAUUGACAUUGGAAGGUAUCAAGCAAUUCUUUGUGGCUGUGGAAAGGGAAGAAUGGAAGUUUGACACAUUAUGUGACUUGUACGACACACUGACUAUAACUCAAGCGGUUAUAUUCUGCAACACCAAGAGGAAGGUUGAUUGGCUCACACAGAAAAUGCAGGAAGCAAACUUUACAGUCAGCUCCAUGCACGGAGACAUGCCGCAAAAAGAGAGAGAUAAUAUUAUGAAAGAGUUUCGAUCUGGACAAAGCCGAGUUCUAAUUACGACAGAUGUAUGGGCAAGAGGUAUUGACGUUCAACAGGUGUCGCUAGUUAUUAACUACGAUCUUCCCAACAACCGUGAGCUGUAUAUCCACAGGAUUGGUCGGUCUGGUCGUUUUGGACGUAAAGGUGUUGCCAUUAACUUUGUGAAAUCGGAUGAUAUUAGAAUUCUCAGAGAUAUUGAACAGUACUACUCUACUCAGAUUGACGAAAUGCCAAUGAAUGUGGCAGAUUUAAUUUAAAAUAUCUUACUAAUUUCAUCUUUGUCCAGUUACUAAAACUGAUCAUUUAGGUGAAAAUUAUGUCUCUUUAACUUCUGUAACUUUAUUAAUAAACAUUCAUUUAUUUAAA